UCUCCACACACACACAGAGAGAACACAAACUUUAACUGGAUCAUAUUAUAUUGAUAUUUUGUAGCAGUAUAUAUCAUCAGGUAUCAUGUCUAUCGUCGUGUAUUUCAGCAGCGUGAGCGGAUCCAGAGAGCUAAAGCAGCAGCAGAGCCAGAUCUUCUCCUUCCUGGACUCUAAGAAGAUCAAGUACCAGGCGGUGGACAUCACCCAGGGGUCAGAGGUCAAAGAGGAGAUGAGGAAGAAGACAGGAAACCCCACUUCUCUGCCCCCACAGGUCUUCAACAAGGACGUCUACUGCGGGGACUUCUCUGUGUUUUAUGAGGCAGUGGAGGCUGGAAAAGCAGAGGCCUUCUUUAAGCUGUAACAGAGGAAGAUCCCCUGCUAGAAGACUCUACCCUCCACUUCAGAAAGUAUUCACACCCCUUGACUUAUUCCCCAUUAUGUUGUGCUACAGCCUGAAUUCAA